ACUACUGGACAGUGCUGCACUGCAUUGAAUGGCAAUUAAUGGUGUGGGUGAGCGCCCUUGAAUGAAUGUACACAAUAGCUCUCUCAAUUCCACGGUGCUGCUACUGUCUACAUAAACGAGUGAAAUGCAUUGGGCAAGGUUGCGAGGUGGAGAAAUCAGAGAGCACCAGACAGAAGGCAAGUACGCAGAGUCAGAGGUGAAAAAGAAAGGGGAAAAGAGAACAAAACAAGGGGAGCUCUUUGGUUUCAAUGGGUUUGAUCAGCGGAGGGGAGUUCUUCAAGAUCUUGGCGUUCCUCUGUUUCGUCAGAUUAUCUCAAGGAAGAAAACAUUCCGCCACACCGGAUCUCCCUCCCCUCCGGAAGGCGAGCAGUUUCUCCAAAAUCCAGCAUGAAGCAUAUGACUACAUCAUUGUCGGCGGGGGCACGGCUGGAUGCCCAUUGGCAGCAACGCUGUCGAAAAAGUACAAGGUGCUGUUGCUUGAGAGAGGUGGAUCUCCAUAUGGCAACCGCAACAUCUCAUACCUUGAGAACUUCCACAUUUGCUUGACCGAUGAAUCGAAGAAUUCCCCAUCUCAGGGAUUCAUCUCCACUGAUGGUGUCAUCAAUUCCCGAGCAAAGGUUCUAGGUGGCGGAACAUGUAUAAAUGCCGGCUUCUACAGCCGAGCCAACCGAAGAUUUGUGAAGGAUGCAGGAUGGGAUGAAGAGUUGGUGAAUCAGUCCUACCCCUGGGUCGAAGAGAGGAUUGUUUAUUGGCCAAAGAUUGCACCUUGGCAAGCUGCCCUUCGUGAUGGGCUGCUUGAAGCAGGGGUAUCGCCUUACAAUGGAUAUACCUAUGACCAUCUCUUUGGAACCAAAGUUGGGGGAACCAUCUUUGAUGAGGCUGGGUACCGGCACACUGCUGCUGACCUCCUAGCUGCUGCAAAUCCUGACAACCUCAGAGUGCUGCUUCAUGCUAGUGUGAACAAAGUAAUUUUCAAAACGAGACAUGGACAUCAGAAACAGAGUGCUAUUGGGGUUCAAUUCAAGGAUGAGAAUGGUGGGCACCAUCAAGCCUUUCUCAGCCAAAAGAGAGGCAGCGAGAUUAUUGUCUCUGCCGGUGCAAUUGGAAGCCCCCAGCUGUUAUUGAUCAGCGGUAUUGGACCAAGGAGUGAACUUAAGAAGCAUAACAUUUCUAUAGUUUUUCACAACGAACACGUGGGUAAAGGGAUGUCAGACAACCCACUGAGCUCCGUAUUUAUACCCACCAAGGAUCCCCCAAAGCAAUCUCUUAUUGAGACUGUUGGAAUAACUGAUGAUGGUGUGUUUAUCGAAGCCAGCAGCGGUUUCGGCCAGACAGGGGACAGCAUCCACUGCCACCAUGGAAUCAUGUCUGCUGAGAUUGGGCAGUUAUCGACGAUUCCUCCAAAGGACAGAAGUUUAGAAGCAGUCCAUAAGUAUGUACGUAACAAAAAUAGCCUGCCCAAAGAAGUAUUCCAUGGAGGGUUUAUUCUUUCGAAGAUUGAUGGCCCGCUGUCUACUGGCAAUCUAGUUCUUGUGGACACUGAUCCCAACAGCAAUCCUAUCGUCACCUUCAACUACUUCAAGCAUCCACAGGAUCUGAGACGAUGUGUUUACGGGAUCAAGACCAUAGAGAAAAUAAUUAGUACAAACACUUUCUCAAACUUCACUCCCAAAGAUGGUGGAUAUUCAAUGGAAAAACUGCUCAAUAUGAGUGUAGCAGCUAACAUAAACCUGAUACCGAAGCAUACAGAUGACAGCACAUCCUUGGAGCAGUUUUGCAGGGAUACAGUGGUCACCAUCUGGCAUUACCAUGGAGGAUGCCAUGUAGGCAAGGUGGUUGACCAACAGUACAAAGUGAUUGGCGCCUCAGGCCUCCGGGUAAUUGACGGAUCAACCCUAUCCAGGUCGCCAGGAACAAACCCACAAGCCACAGUCAUGAUGAUGGGCAGAUACAUGGGAGUAAAGAUCUUAAGGGAAAGGUUAGGACGGGCGGCUGGAGUAUAAUAGAUACUUGGACAUUAUUAUCUUGUUCAUCAUGUAAGAAUGUGACUUAGGAGAGAAGUAAAUAGUAAUUUUUGAAGAGAUUCAUCAACGACCACCAAAGAAAGAAGCACUAGUAUUAUCAUCUGUAUUCUUACCAUUCAUGUGGAAAUAUAUAUAUAUAUGGCCUACCAAAAUAUUAUGUUACAUUCACAUUCCCACCCUUUUUGCUCCAAAGGAUCUUCAAAAAUAAAGCAUUCAUAUGAUAGUUUCUUA